AUGGACUCUGAUACAGAUGUAGGCUCACUGCCUAGCAAGCUUGGCCCUUUCAAGCUUGAUUUAAGGUCCUCUUCCAAAUGUACAACAUCUGAGGAUGAGCAAGCACCAGAUGAGACUGUCAGGCCCAUGGAAAUGACCGCAUCAUUGACACCAGUCUAUGAGGGAGCAAACGACCAGGCCUUGAGUUCUACCUCACAACUUCCAUCCGAAUUACUUCCGCGUGCAACCUAUCAACCCGGAUCUGCACAGCCAUUCAGAAUUAGCCAGACCUCAGCCAGUUGCAACAAACACCCUAAAAGUCAUUGUUUCCAUGAGAGCCUGGAUAAUGCCAACAUUCUGAGUUUCCAAGCAAUGGAUCAACGACAGGAUCCUCGAGGCGCAACAUCAUCGCUGGGACCAAAAUACCGCCGCGAACAGCGUGUCACCCCUCCUUGUUCUCCGCAUCGCACCAGGUCGACUCAUAGAGCAGGUUCGACGCCGACUCCGAUCCGUGGUGAUUUCAUCGAGGUUUCCAGUCCUGCCAAUAUCCCAUCACCUCCUCCUCAGCCUGAUGAGACGUCUGCCCAUGAUGUCACCCUACAUUUGAGUCUGACCGAGUCUCAAAUGGAUCGACUUACCGAAGUAAUCUCUCGCCCGAACUCUCCCCAUAAAGGAAGCCGAAGGGGCAGAGACACAGGUGCCGCCAAGGAAGGGCUUCAACGUUCUCACAUCCGCGCCUUCAGCGAGGACGAGAUAUUGACAACUCCACCCUUGGUGCGCUCUCAGAGAGAUAUUCUAGACAGUUUGGCUAGGAAAAAUGCGAGCACCCGGAGCCGAAGUCACUUUAGGUACAAUGAGCAACAUGCUCCCAGCACCAGGCAGCAUGAUAUAUCGGCUUCUUUCGCCGACCGAGCUGCAAGCUCACGCUCAAGAUCCCCUGCCAAGUAUUUCACUCGGACGGAAAAGGAAGAUCUUGCCAAGGAUGGAUAUUCUCAAUACACGGCGAGCUCCAUCGCCCAGCGUCGAGGUGUACCACAUCCAUUGGUUGAUACCAGGGCCGCUCAGCAAAAGGGGAGCCCCUCGCAUCGCCAAACCCCAAUUGAGAUCAUGCGCCAUGAUGACAGCUCUACAUAUGAGCGAUCUUGGCAGACGAUAACUCACACGAGUCGAGACGACUCUCCAUCGCGGGUAAAUUUCCAAGAGCAUCCGCCGUCCUCUAUCUACUCCGUCUUCGACGAAGAGGGUGACUACGACGAGGAUGGAUCAAUGACACAUCUCACACCCUUACCCGAGCAGAAUGCUGCAGGGGCCAUGGCGGAAGCCGACCUACUGCGUUCCCUGGCCGAGUACGAGACUCUUUACAGCAGAAGCGGCCUCUCCCAGCAGCCACAGGCGCAAAGGCCCUGCGACCCGAAACUGCUGUCCACCAAGACGGGCAUCGGCCAGAUUGAACACUACCCUCGCAUAUACUCCCCACUGACGCCUUACAUCGAGAGCAUGGAAGACAAGAUACCUCGACGCAAAGUCCUUAUCGGCGAGCACGGCUGGCUGGAGCGAACGGGAGUUUCGGCAGACGAUAGCCAGGGCAACGCAGGCGCGGCUCCUCAACCGCAGCCGCAGAAGAAGGGGAUCUUUGAGUCGCUGAAGAAGGUUGCCAAGGAGGUUGUGGAGCUCGCCGACAUGAAGACGUCUGCUCGCGGACCGCAUCGGCCCUCGAACAAGCGACCCCCUAACCGACUCGACAUAUCCCUCAACCCCCGCGAGCAGAGCCUCUUCUACUGCGAGCUCGAGUUCCUCAUGACGACGGCGCUCGACGGGUACCUGACGACCCAGUUCAAAGCCGGACGGGUGCGGGCGGACAAGCUGAGCAAGGUGGCCGAGGCCUGGCGGCAAAAGGGACGACCGGGCGUGGUCGGCUUCCGCUACGACCUUGAGACGCAGCUGGACGUUGUGCUCCUGCACCUGUACGACUUCAAGUUCUACGGCGCCGACUGCACCUCUCCCGCCGUGGUCACGGGCCUGCUGGAGAUGGUCAAGACCGACGCCCGAGCCAUGCGGGUGCGGACCUUUUGCCAGCCGGACCUGGUCAUGGCCAAGCAGCUGCUCGACGCUCAGAAGCUCUUCAACAUCCUCGGCUGUCGCGAGCACUUGCAGCUGCAGCUGCACGAGGCCGUACGCUUCUUUAAACUGGUCGUGAACCCGGUCAAGAGCGCUGCCGCACACCGCGACACGGCUGAUAAAGCCUGUGAUGAUGGCUCGGAAAGCCCGGCCAGGGGCUCGCCAGGUCAUUCGCGCGAGCAGCAGAUGCGUUACAGCGAGCGUCGAUGGCAGAGCCAGAGCCCUACCAGGAAACGAUGA